AUGUCUUUCACCAAUGCCCCCGUGACCCGGAGUCUGGUCUACGGGCUCAUUGGCGCAUCCAUCGCCGCCAGUCUCCUGGACCUGAAGCACUACUUCUACAUCCUAGUCGACCUCCAUCUCUGGCGCUUCCACCAGACGUGGCGCGCCCUCAUCUACCAGCUAUGCUACACGAACUCAUCCGAGGUCUUGUUCGGCGCCAUGGCCCUAUACAACUUGAGAAUCGUCGAGCGCAUGUGGGGAUCAAGAAAAUAUGCGUCGUUUCUCGUCGUCACGGCCUUCUUCACAAGCGUUCUCGUUCCAGGCAUUCUAGCAUUCAUCCUGAGACCGCUCACCUUUGGACUUCUCAACUACCUUCCUGCGGGGCCUACACCUAUCAUAUUUGCGGUUCUCGCGCAAUAUCAUGCCAUGGUUCCGCACAUGUAUAAAUAUAGGCUGGCCACGUCGACCUCCCCACCGACCAAUGAUCAAUUUCAGGGCCUCACUUUCUCUGACAAGUCAUAUCGGUACUUGCUUGCUGUCCAGCUGGCGCUUUUCCAGUGGCCAGGCUCCCUGUUGGGUGCCGUUGUUGGCUGGGUCGUGGGCUAUUCGUGGAGGAUGGAGAUACUUCCCAGAUCCCUGACGAAAUGGAGAAUUCCCGGUUGGAUGGUGGGCGUCCGGACUCAGCGGAGAAGCGAGGAGUUUGAGGGCCUGCGAAGACGGUUGGAGGGCGAAGGAACGUCCACAGCCACGACGACAGGCUUGCAGAGUAAUGUCGAGGGCGGAGACUCAGGCCGACGCCGGAAUAUGGGCCAGCAGAUUGUGGACCAGUUCCGAGGAGCAGUCUGA